AUGCCCGCUAGCCUCUCGCGGCCUUCGCGGACAGUGGCGGCGGCAGAGGCAGCUGGCUGCCUCUUCCGGGAUGCUGGGAGGGUUGAGCUGAACUCCCAGGAGCACUUCUGCCUGAGCUGGGAGCGCUGGGCUGAGGAGCUCGCCGCUGCUGUAGCGGCGCGGCAGCCCUGGCCGCUGCCGCCGCAAAGCCAUGAGGCGCCUGCGCCGUUGCUGCGACUUGCGGAGGCGGCGAUGAACGCCUUCGCCGCAGUCUGGAGCGGGGAGGUGGAGUGCCAACGGCUCCUGCGCCAGGUUCAAGACCUGCAGUCGCAAGCGCGAAGCAGCGCAGGCAAUCCAGCCAGAGGUGCCGCCGCGCAAGCGCCCUUGGGGGAGAAGGAACAGCAGCUCGCCAAGGCAUUGCUGCAGGAAGAGCAGGAGGUCUGGCGGCUACGGGAGCGAGAGAAGGCGCUCAGCGAGCAGCUGGCGGCAGCCCGCGCCUCCGCGCGGAAACUCAAGGAGCAGUGGGCUCAGCAGGGUGCCAGCGACCUGGAGCGCCAGGCAGCCCUGCAGGCGGCCAAGCGUCAUGAGAUGGCGGCGAAGCAGCAGUUCCAAGACAGGGAGGCGGAGAUCCAGUCCUUGCGCCAGAGCUUCCAGGAGCUGUCCGGGCAGCUGGCGAAGAAGGACGCCGUGCAGGCCUCCUUGUCCAAGCAGAUCCGGCAGCUGAACAUGCAGCUGCAGCAGUCUGAGCAGCAGAGGGAGAGACUUCUUUCCGAUCUGCAGGAGUUCUUUGGAUCCUCUCGCGCGCAGGACUACCUCCUCGCCAUGCGCGAGAAGUUCGACGCGCCGACGCCGCUGGCGGCGCCGGCGGCGCCGCUUCCGCUGCCGGCUGAAAUUGUCAUCGCGCGAGCGCGGCAGUUCCAGUUUGACACCUAUGAUGGAAGCGCCAUGAAGCUGCGGGUGCUGUGCCUGCACGGGCGCUGCCAGACCUCCGGCACCUUCCAGCGGAAGCUCGAGAAGAUCGCCGGGAAGUCCGCCUCCUUCGCGGAGUUCGUGUUCAUUGAUGGACCGCUUGACCUGGCGCUGCAGCAUGGGGAACGUGUGAACACGAUGAAGGGCUGGUGGGAGGAGGGCGAGGCUCGAACGCUGGAGGUGCCACGCGUGCGGCAGGCGCUGCUGGACGCCUGGGACGCCCUGGGGCCCUUCGACGGGGUCCUGGGCUUCAGCGAGGGGGCGGCGGUGGCCGCGGCGCUCGGCCCGGAGGCCGGAAGUGCCCGCCUUCGCCAGCGUGCGCUUCAAGCUCCUCUUCUCGGCCCCUCGCGUGGCGGAGCUGCCGUUCGGGGCGCAACAAGUGGCGUCCUUGCACGGGGCCUCCAAGAACGACACGGCGGUGCCGCUGGCGGAGAGCAGAGAGGUGGCCUCGCUUUUCGCUGGCGCCGAAUGGUUGGAGAGCACGAGGGUGGCCACGUGCUGCCGACAAGGGCAGAGGACAUCAAGCGAGUCGCGGCUUUCCUGGAGGCUCAGCGCGAGGCGCCGAGCGCCGCGCCGGCGGCCUUGGAGGAGGUGGAGGCGGACCCAAGAACCAACCAGGAGCAGAAGGACGAGGUGGCGGUGCUGGCUGCCAUGUUCGAAGAGGAACUCACCAUCUGGCAGCCCACCUGGCCAGUGCGCCUCAGUUUGCGCCUCUUGGCCAAGUCGGGCCCUUCCGGCGCCCUGGCGCUGCGCUUCCUCUUUCCCCCGGGAUACCCACAGAAGGCGAGCUGUUGCUGCGAGCUGGAGGCGGAGGAUUUCGCGUGGCAGGCGCACCGCCGCGAGCUGCUGGAAGCGGCGGAGGUGGCCCGGGAGCCUUUGGGCUUCCCCAGCGUGGCGGCCAUGUUUGGCGCGGCCCAGGCCUGGGUGGAGGAGCACGGGCCGCGCCUGGCCAAAGCCGGCGUCGGCGUCGCGGAGGAAGCAGAGGAGGAGGAGGAGGAGACGGACAGCAGCGCUUGGUGGCUCCGGGAGGAGUCGGAGGUGGACGAGGCGCUGCUGGCAGCAGCGGAGCAAAGGGCCCGGGAGCUGCUGCCAGAGUCCGACACCGAGAGUGGCUGGGCGCGCCAAUGCGGUGCCGGCAGCUAUGGGCGGUCCUGGGACUUCGUGGUGGGUCUGGUGGGCAAGCCCUCUGCGGGCAAGUCCACGCUCUUCAAUGCGGCCACCCGCUUGCAGGGGAAGGAGGCGGCCAUGGCACCACAUCCUUUCACCACCAUCGACCCCAACGUGGGGCCCGGGUGGUUUGGGGCGCCUUGCCCCUCCGUGGAGCUCGGUAUCCAGGAGGAGUGCUUUCCGGAGCACGGGCGUGUGGGCCUCUUGCGGCGUUUCCCGCUGCUGGUGAAGGACGUUGCGGGCCUGGUGCCAGGGGCCUACAUGGGCCGCGGUCGUGGCAAUGCCUUCCUCAAUGACCUCUGCGACGCCGAUAGCCUGAUCCACGUGGUGGAUGCCAGCGGGCGUAGCGACGCCGAGGGCGUGGACCAAGGCGCGGCCAAGGGCAAGCAGAAAGAAGGCACCGACCCGCUGGACGAGGUGGGCUGGGUCCGCCGGGAGAUCCAUCUCUGGAUAUUCUGCAACGUGCGGGCUAAGUGGGACACGGUGCGGCGCAAGGCGAAGCUGGCGCGGCUGAACAGCUCCCUCCAAAACUUGGCGGCGGAGAGGCUCUUCGCGCUCUUCACAGGCUACCGGGCCUCCCAGCAGCUGGCGGCCCAAGUCUACGAGGCGACGGGCCACCAUUUGGCCAACCUGGCGGAGGAUGUGCUGACGUGGACGGAGCUGCAUCUCCACAUUCUGGUGGCCUGCUUUUUGCGGGUCCGCUUUCCCAUCGUGGUGGCAUUGAACAAGGCAGACACCGCCGAGGCAGCAGCGCAUAUCCCUCGCGUGCAGGCGGCUUUGGGCCGUUCUGCUGUGCCUGUGUCUGCGCGCAGUGAGCUUUGGCUGCUGCAGCAGCAGAAGAAAGGGCACCUGACCUACGCGGAGGGCGGGGGCGCUGAGUCGAUUUCUUUGGCCGCCACGGCGCCGGCGGAGGUCAAGGAGCAGGUCGAGCAGCUGUGCAAGCGCGUUCUGGGGGUCUACAAGUCCACAGGCGUCAUGGAGGUGCUCUCCCAGGCAGUUUCCCGAAGGAGUCCCAUCUUCUGCUGCCCCGUCUUGGACUUCGCCUCCCUGGAGAGCCUGCAGAGGAAUUCGGGCGGCUAUGCCACGGCCAAAGCGGUGGCCAAGCCGAAGCUGGCGUCCAUGGUGAUGUUGCGGCCCCUCUCCACGGUGGAGGAGGUGCAUGCAGCGCUGAAGAAUGAGCAGAUGCUGCGGGGCGACCUCGUGCGCGCGGAGCUUCUGAAUUUAGAGGCUCCUCCGCAGGCACAGGUCUUGCGCCGGGAGGAUGUGCUGAAGGGGCCGAAGGCCAUGGUGCUGCGAAUCCUGACCAACAAGAAGGCAAAGUGA